AUGUCCUCGACCACAGGGCAGAUUGCAUCCGCCUCCUCUCUUCCCUACACCUGCAACACCUGUCUUGUUGCCUUCCACCGCAGCGAUGCCCAAAGAGAUCAUAUGCGCAAAGACUGGCAUCUGUACAACAUGAAGCGCCGCGUUGCUUCCCUGCCUCCAGUCGCCCUCGAAAUUUUCAACGAAAAGGUUCUUGCUGCCAAAGCCACAUCCAGCGAAGCAGCUGCCAAGGCAUCCUUCGAGAAGACCUGCGAUCCAUGCCAAAAGACCUUCUACAGCGAAAACUCUUACCAGAACCACAUUAAGAGCUCCAAGCAUAAGCAACGUGAGGCCCGUCUAAGCAAAGACGGCGAUGACGCCUCGGUGUUGAGCUCCACCUUCUCUUUCGGAGAACCUGUCAACAAACCACAUGAAAACGACCUCUAUAAGGUCACCGAUGACCUCAAAACUGCCACCAUCGAGGAAGAGGACGAAAACAAUGACAUGCCUACCGACAAGGACGAAUACUCCGCAUCCCGCUGCCUCUUCUGCCGGGUCGAUUCAUCUGAUAUCCACACCAACGUCGAGCAUAUGUCCAAGAACCACGGAAUGUUCAUUCCUGAAAGAGAUUACCUGGUCGAUCUUGAUGGCCUCAUCCACUAUCUCUAUCGCAAGAUUACCGAGAACAAUGAGUGUCUCUACUGCCAUGCCAUUCGCAAUAACGCUCCCGGCGCCCGAACCCACAUGCGCGACAAGGGCCACUGCAUGAUUGCCUUUGAGGCCGAAGAGGAACAAAUCGAAAUUGGUCAAUACUACGAUUUCCGCAGCACCUACUCCGACGAUGAAGAAGAAUCCGCGCCCGAGAUCAGUGGCGUCAAAGUGAACAACUCGGAGGGCGACGACGAGGGAUGGGAAACUGAAACCUCGGCCUCAUCUGUGGACGACGACGAAAUCGACUCCCACCGAAAAGCACCCGCCAUCUACCAGGACGAGUACGAACUGCACCUCCCGUCUGGAAAGAGUGUCGGCCACCGUUCUCUCGCCAAGUACUACCGCCAGAACCUUCACAACUAUCCGUCUGCCGACGAACGAGUUUCCCGCCAGCUUGCCAUUGAAAACGGAGAGAUCCAAGAAGACGAAGAGAAGCCCCGCGGUCGCAAUGCCAACCGCGCUCUCAUUUCCCGUGGCAAUGGCGGCACAGGCAUGAUCGGUGCCACCGAGGCCCAGAAGCACACUGCUGUUACCUCCGAGCGCCGUGAGCGCACCCGCGCUCUUCGACAAGAAAACCGAUACACUGCCCGCAUCCAGCGCGCCAACAACCACCAAAAGCAUUGGCGGGACCCUCUCCUGCAGUGA